UGCUCGUGCGUGAUAAUUAGCCUUGAGAUGGGUCUAUACCAGAUGCAUAUCCAUACAGAUAAACUGUUGCUUCAUGGAAUAUCAGGACAAGUUGAAGGACAUCUUCAUAAGAGAGAAUUGAUUGAACGUCAAGCACCUCCACCAGGGGUAGUUAGCCCAGGAAUACCAGGACAAGGAGAUCUUCAUAAGAGGGAAUUGAUUGCACGUCGAGAUCCACCUCCAUCAGGGAUAGUUAGCCCAGGAAUACCAGGACAAGAAGGAGAUCUUCAUAAGAGGGAAUUGAUUGCACCUCGAGAUCCGCCUCCAUCAGGGAUAGUUAGCCCAGGAAUACCAGGACAAGAAGGAGAUCUUCAUAAGAGAGAAUUGAUUGCACGUCGAGAUCCGCCUCCAUCAGGGAUAGUUAGCCCAGGAAUACCAGGACAAGAAGGAGAUCUUCAUAAGAGGGAAUUGAUUGCACGUCGAGAUCCGCCUCCAUCAGGGAUAGUUAGCCCAGGAAUACCAGGACAAGAAGGAGAUCUUCAUAAGAGGGAAUUGAUUGCACCUCGAGAUCCGCCUCCAUCAGGGAUAGUUAGCCCAGGAAUACCAGGACAAGAAGGAGAUCUUCAUAAGAGGGAAUUGAUUGCACGUCGAGAUCCGCCUCCAUCAGGGAUAGUUAGCCCAGGAAUACCAGGACAAGAAGGAGAUCUUCAUAAGAGGGAAUUGAUUGCACGUCGAGAUCCGCCUCCAUCAGGGAUAGUUAGCCCAGGAAUACCAGGACAAGGAGAUCUUCAUAAGAGGGAAUUGAUUGCACGUCGAGAUCCGCCUCCAUCAGGGAUAGUUAGGGAUAGUUCCUAAAAAAUUGGUGAAAAAAAAUUACUGAUAACUACUCGUGAAAAAUGACUAUUUGACAAUAGAAUUAUAGUUAUUUUCUAUAAUCAUGUCUUUGCUAUAUUUAAUUAGUUUUGUUCUAGCUCUUAUUUUUUA